AUGAAGCCGUCCGAGGAUCGCGUAAUCUUCAAGGUGGAUGUGCCCGCCAAUCGGUAUGACCUUUUGUGCAUCGAGGGCCUCGUGCGGGCCCUGCAGGUUUUCAAAGGAGUCAUACCAACGCCGCUUUACAAGCUGUCGAUGCCAAAGCCUUUGCCGCAGAUGACAAUGACAGUGAAGAAAGAGACGGCACAGAUUCGACCCUUCGUCGUCUGUGCCAUUCUCCGGAAUGUGAGCUUUGACAAGGACAGAUAUGAUAGCUUUAUCGAGCUGCAGGACAAGCUGCACCAGAACAUCUGCAGAAGACGGACGCUUGUGGCCAUCGGAACCCAUGAUCUGUCGACCCUGAAACCGCCCUUCACCUAUGAGGCUUUGCCUCCGAACAAGAUCUUGUUCACACCGCUGAACCAGACUGAAGAGAUGGACGGGAACAGGAUGAUGGAAGUCUUGUCUGGCCACCAGCAGCUCAAAACGUAUUUGCCCAUCAUUCGGGACAGUCCUGUCUAUCCAGUGAUUUACGACAGCAAUCGGGUGGUACUCUCUUUGCCUCCGAUCAUCAACGGAGAGCAUUCAAAGAUCAAGCUCGAGACUAAGGAUGUGUUUAUCGAGUGCACCGCCACAGAUCUCACAAAGGCCAACAUUGUGCUCAACACUGUGGUGGCCAUGUUUGCUGAGUAUUGCAAGGAGCCUUUUGUCGCCGAGCCUGUGGAGGUUAUCUAUGAGAGCGACUACCCUGGGAACAGCUUCAUCAAGCCAGGCGACAAGAAGCUUUACCCUGCCUUAGAGCCACGGCCCAUGUCAGCCAAGAUCAGCCGGAUGAAGGCUUCGCUUGGCUUAGAAAAGCUGAGUGGCACGCAGGUCCGGGACUACUUGCGAAAGAUGAGCAUGCCAUGCGAGAUCAACGGGAAGGACCCCGAUGCCUUGGAUGUUCAGGUCCCUAUCACAAGGAGUGACAUUAUGCAUGAGUGCGACCUCAUUGAAGACCUGGCUAUAGCGUACGGCUACAACAACCUGGAGACAUCCGUCCCCCAGACGGUAGCUGUGUCUGCCGGGCAGCCGGUCAACAACUUGUCCGACCUGGCCCGUGGCGAGCUGGCCAUGGCUGGAUACACGGAGUGUAUGAACUGGUCGCUUUUGUCCAAGAAGGAGAAUUUCACCUUCAUGAGGCGGGAGCCUUUGCCAGAGGAGCUUUGGAAGACUGUGAAGCAGCCGUACGAGUACAUCCCUUCGGCGCCCGCCGUGGCCGUGUCCAACCCAAAGACCAAGGAUUUCGAAAUUAUCAGAACUUCCAUGAUGCCAGGCAUCCUCAAGACCCUGGCCAACAGCAAGCAGCUUCCUCCCCCUAUCAAGCUGUUCGAAGUCGGCGACGUGGUCAUCCAGGAGCCCACCCGAGAGGUCGGCUGUAAGAACGUUCGAAGAUUAGUGGCCGUGCACGCCAACAUGCGAAGCCAGUUCUCGUUGCUUCACGGAGCCCUUGACCAGCUAAUGUACUCGCU